CGCGCUACCUGCGUCGCCUGCAGCUGUACCCGUUCGCACCAGACGAAGUGAAAGCCAGCACGAUCGGAUUCUGCCCGCUUGAAGUCGCGUACCGAUUCUUCAAGUUCCGCCACCCGCUGUUCGCCUUCGUGCCGGACGAGAGUCAGGUGCGGGCGGCGCGGCAGUUACUGCUCCAGCUGGAGGGGCGGCAAGCGGCGGAGCGAUUCCAGGGUGUGCCGGUGUUCAGUGCAGCGAAUCUGACAAUUGCUGUUCCCUCCAAGGGCGGCCAACUGAGGUGGUACCGCCCCUAUUUCUUCAACAAGAAGCAGCUGGACAAACUGCUGGCGUCCAGUGUGGAUCAAUACUUCAUGGGAUUGAUGCGCGCGAGGAGAGCCGCCAGACAAGCGCAGAUUGCAGCAGUGGAUGGCGCAGGGGCAGCAGGAGGGGGAGGAGCAGCAGAGGAGGAGGAUCCGUUUGACUCUUUCCCAGACCCGCACGAGUUUGCGGACGAUGGCAUGUUCCCAGACCCCCCAGAGAUGCAAGAGUUCGCUCAGGAGUUGGGCCCCAUGCUCGGCUCCUUCCCCUCCGCCUCCCUCGGUUCUUCCUCCCCCGGGUCAACCCUGCCGCUGCUGCGAGACGCAGAGCUGGUGGUGCAGGAGUGCAUGGAUCGGGUGCUGCUGGGCAGCCAGUGGGGGAGAAAACUCGCUGGGCUGGAGCCCUCUUUCACUGUUAUCAUCGACUCAUUCGAAAGGAGUGCUGCCCUCUCCCGGGUCAACCCUGCUGCCCUCUCCCGGGUCAACCCUGCCGCUGCUGCGAGAUGCAGAGCUGGUGGGGCAGGACUGCAUGGAUCGGGUGCUGCUGCUGUCGUGCUGCCCUUCCCCGGGUCCACCCUGCUGCCGCUGCUGCGAGAUGCAGAGCUGGUGGUGCAGGACUGCAUGGACCGGGUGCUGCUAGGCUCACAGUGGGGGAGAAAGAUUGCUGGGCUCGAGCCCUCGUUCACUGUCAUUGUGGACUCGUUUGAACGGAGGGUGGCGGAGGCAGCGGCGGCGGUGGAUGCAGAAAUCAAGGCGUUUGUCAGCUCUGCCAUCACCAUAAGCCCAUUCUUCUGUCCCUUUUCCCGUCUCUCUGUGCAUGCAACAGGGUGGAGGAAGCAGAGGCGGUGGUGGGUGCGGAGACCAAGGCGUUUGUCAGCUCUGCCAUCACCAGCCUCCUCUCCCUUCUCUCUCUGCAUGCGGCAGGGUCGAUCCAUAAGCCCAACCCCUUUCCCCUUCUCUUUCUUCAAACUGCAGAGUGGAGGAGGCAGAGUGGAUGAUGCGGAGAUCAAGGCGUUUGUGAGCUCUGCCAUCACCAGCCUCCUCUCCCUUCUCUCUCUGCAUGCGGCAGGGUCGACCCAUAAGCCCACCCCCUUUCCCCUUCUCUUUCUUCAAACUGCAGAGUGGAGGAGGCAGAGGCGGUGGUGGAUGCGGAGAUCAAGGCGUUUGUCAGCUCUGCCAUCACCAGCCUCCUCUCCCUUCUCUCUCUGCAUGCGGCAGGGUCGAUCCAUAAGCCCACCCCCUUUCCCCUUCUCUUUCUUCAAACUGCAGAGUGGAGGAGGCAGAGUGGAUGAUGCGGAGAUCAAGGCGUUUGUGAGCUCUGCCAUCACCAGCCUCCUCUCCAUUCUCUCUCUGCAUGCGGCAGGGUCGAUCCAUAAGCCCACCCCCUUUCCCCUUCUCUUUCUUCAAACUGCAGAGUGGCAGAGGCGGCGGGUGCAGGAGGCAGAGGCGGCGGUGGAUGCAGAGAUCAAGGCGUUUGUCAGAUCUGCCAUCACCAGCCUUUUACCUCUCCCUUCCCACUCCUCGACCACAGCCACAGAUGAUACUAUUGUACCCACACCCCCUGAUACUAUCACAUCUACUGCCCCUGAUGCUAUCACACCCACAGCCCCUGGUACUGUCACAUCUGGUCACAGCAACACAGCUCUCGAUAACAGCACACCCUCUACUACCACUAUCACAGCUACUACAGCAGCAACCGCCGCAGACUCAUCCGCUUCCAAAACACCCCUUACAGGCACACGGAGUACAGUCACAGCUGCUGGGGGAAAGGGGGGGAUGUUGAAGGGGAGGGGGAGUGGGAGCAAGGAGGGCAGCAAGGAGGGGCAUGCUCUGGAAGGGGCUUUACUGGCUGGACUUUUAAGAUUGAUGGGGGAGGAUGGUGCUGCUGACCUGCUAUACAAGGCAAUGGGAAUUGGUGGCAAAAUUGCGGGUGGUGUUGGUGGGAAGGAAGGGGGUGGGGGAAAGAGUGGGGGAGGGAGUGGAAAGCGAAGGAUGGGAGAGGACGAGGCUUCUGAGCUGUUGGGUAAGGCUAUGGCCUUUUUGAACAGGGAUGAGGGUGAUUCUGGGGGCAAGAGUGGGGGUGACGUUGGUGGGAAGAGUGGUGGGAGUGAUAUGGUGAAGUAUGGGAAUGAUAAGAGUGUUGGCUGUGUGGAUGAGAAGGUGGAAAAUGGGAAGAGUGGGGAUGAUAAGGCACAGUCAGCUGGCAGCAAUGAUGGGGGCAAUACUGGAUUGAGUGGUAUAGUUGGGAAGGAUAAGGUGUUGAUAGGAAGUGGUACGGGAGCGGAUAGCAGUGGAGGGAUGAGCCCUGCUGAAAGCAGCAUUGAUAAAACUGCAGCCAGCAAUGUUGGUUCCAGCAGCAGCAGCAGCAGCAGCAGCAGCAGCAGCAGCAGCAGCAGCAGCAGCAGCAGCAGCAGCAGAAGCAUCGAAGCUAAUGUCUCGGAUAAUGCAGAGCUGAGUAGGAGAGAGGGGAUCAAAGGGGCGGUCGAGAAAAGGGAGGAGGAUGUAAAGGAGAUAGCAGCUGAGGAGAAGCAUCUGGUGCAGAGAGUUUUAGGUUCGACUCCCAAGACUGCUGAUGAGGAUCCGGCACAGGAGAGCAUAAGGCAGGUGGUGAGUGCGAUACGGGGGAAGCUGGCUGCUGCUGUGGCUGAAGGGACACGUGUACCGAAGCUGCAAGUCCGUUCCGAGCCUCAAGGUGGCAACACGGAGGCCAAGGAAAGUAAGGGUGAGAGUGAUGAAGGGAGCGAGAGCAGGAGAGAUGGAGGGAGUGAAAGUAAGAGUGGGGGAGGGAGUGAGGAAACAGGUUCUGGUGCUGUGAAGAAUGAUUCUUCAACUGAGGGAAAAGCAAAGACAAUAGGUUCGCCAGCAAGCGGAGGGCCUAAUGGGAAAGCCUCAGAUGAUAACAUUUUUGCCACUGCCAAAGGACCUGUGGUGUUACCUGAUGUUGAGGCAGCAGCUGCAGCAGCAGCAACAGCAGCAGCAGCAGAGGCAGCAGCACAGGCAGCAGCAGAGGCAGCAUUAGCUGGAGUGAAAGAAGCCAUUGCAAACGCAUCAAGGGACUUCGAGGAGACCGUUCGCAGGGGUGGUGUUCCGGACGCGAGUCGGGACCCACUGUUCAUUGCAGACAUAGGGGAGGACAGGGAGGAAGCUGGGUGGGGAGAUAGAUCAGAAUUUGGCCUCAGACGUGCUGGGUGA